CACGUGGGCGAGGUGUCUAAAGUCGGAAAUUAAAUGGGAAAGUGUUGAUUUGGAUAUGUACUUUUGCACUUCCCUAAUGGUAGCGGCCGUCAUGUGCUCAGGUACCUCUUACCCGGUCCAGUAACUACUGGAAAUUCCAUCCAACCACAAUAACUUAUCAUGGUAUCCUUUCAUUCGGCUGUGGCGAAAGUAAUUCAGCUGAUUUGCGCCAAUUGAAUCCACCUUCAAUGCUCACCCCUGAGGUCCAGCAUUGGACGAAAAGUCCCGGUCCUGUUAAACAGUGGACAAUAUCUCAUUGGCGCGGCGAGUGGGCCCUCCCGGCCUUGUUAUACAGCACCGGAAUUGACAGCUCUAUCGCAGCGUUAGUGGCUCGUGUAUCUUGCAAUCCCACGGUGUCCAUUCCUCAUGUCCGAGAGAACAUUUCCUCUCUGCAAAAACCUCGUUGGUUGCCCUGAUACCAACGAUGGAUUGGGUUGCUACCGAGCACGAGAGUGGGGUAAUACAGACUCAGCACAGAAUGCUAGACGAACGGCAUGAUUCGAUUCCAAGAGAAGUUCAAAGAUUUCUAUCACCACCAACCGGAAAUGCGGCUGCGCAGAACUCGCCCAGCGCGGCGGAUGAGCAGGGUUGGCCGCAGCUCGUACUGAACGAGAUGAAAGAUAUGCUACUACUUCUUAGCUCCGAGGGCAAUGUUCUGUAUGCAGCGCCAUCCUGCAAAUCUAUCACCGGUUACGAUGCAAGCCAACUAGAGCAGAACGCUUUGGCGCGCUUUAUCCACAGUGACGACCAGGACAUGUUUUCCGAGGAAAUGAACGAGUGUAUGACCAGAAUUCAGCCAGUGCAGUGCCACUUUCGGUUCUGUACGAAAGAUAACAAUAACAAUACAUCUUGCAUAUUGGAGGCAUAUGGCCACCCACAUAUGAAAACAGGAACUCCGAGCGAAAGCCCUGAAAACCGAGAUGGGGGCUGCAUCGGUAUCAUUCUUCUGUGCCGGCCUUAUCCCACUAGGAGCUCUCAGCUCAUCGACUCAUUCCUGGAACAUAAAAUCGAGAACGUGCGACUCAACCAUCGGAUUGCACAGCUAAGAGAGGAAGAGGAGGAGGACUUGGCAACAUACCAACAAUCGUAUCCUAGCGACUCUGCGGGAGAACCUUCUUCCCGUCACAAUUCUGCUCAUUCAGGCCGAAUCAAUUCCAAUCAAUCCUCCCUUCCCGAUGCCGCUGCUUUCGGGGAAGAGAACGAAUCAUCCGACACGCUAACAAUCGAUGAUCCCGAUGCCCAGUCAUUCUCUGCAAACGUCGCCGACACACUAUCCCAGGAGGAGGACAUGUCCCAUAUUGACGGGAUCGAGAUGUUGACUGGUCUACACUACGGUGAGGGUGAACGUUCGCAGGGACUCAGCACUGGUGUUCGCCAGGGUCGCCUCAUCCACUUUGACAUGGAAUCGGCCAAGCUAGACCAGCAGACCCGGAUCAUCCAGGACAGUGAUAGAAAGAAAAGACAAAAGGGCGAAUACAUGUGUACCGAUUGUGGAACCUCGGACUCUCCUGAAUGGAGAAAGGGCCCUGAGGGACCGAAGACUUUGUGUAAUGCUUGCGGAUUACGCUGGGCCAAAAAGGAGAAAAAGAGGCAAGAUCACAUUUAACCACCGGCUCUGGAUGGAACCAGCAACACUUGCAACUUUCACCCCUCAUUCCUGCAUUGUGAAACAUGUUCCUGCGGCGAUACCCCCGUGAAUUCUGCUCCGUCUUAAUAUCGUUUUCGAGAGCAAUUUUUCUAUUUUCGCAUUCUUAAAUGAUGACAGUGAGGUUCUUUGCAGCAGUUGCGCUGUGACAGAAUUUUAUAUGGUCCUUGUUUUGGAACUUAUGGGGUUUAUGGAUAAAUAAGGUUCUUUUCCGGUUUAUUAUUUCUUUUGUAUUCAACCAGUUUGGGAUUGAGCACAAUUAGCCAGUGAGUCAUUGCGGUUUCUCGUGUCGUGAUAAUGGUAUAUUGAACAAAUAACAGGUGAAAAAAGAAGAAAAGAAAAGAAAUAAAUCCCAAAAUAUAAAACCGUGAGUUUCCUCAAGUCCCUCUUGCAAGU